UUCCAGCAAAUGCUGGUUGACCUCAAUGACGUCAUGGUACCUGUUAUAAGUCACGGUUUGCUUAUAAUGCGAAAACUAAUUGAAAAGCGUUCGCCACCUGUCGAAAAAUACAGAAACUUACUCCUCAAGAUCUGCAGAUAUAACGUAAAACACGAAGAUUCUUAUGUGUAUUUGAACGCCAUAUAUGCUCUGUCGGCCCUAACCACGAUGUACCAUGAGGAGUUCUUGCAGAUUUUGAUGGACGAUUACGUUGAAGUCGACAGGGGUAUUGGCUCUGUUGAUUAUUUGAAGGUUGAUGAGAAUCAAAUAAGAGUAAUUGACGUCAAGUUAAAACUGGGAGAGGCGCUUCUGAGAGUCGUCACUAGAUUAGGUAGUUCAGCCAUUGCGUACAAGAAUAAAUUAUUCUCAACGCUGGUGAAAGUGUCAAGAAAUGACUAUCCGACAGUCAGAUCAAGUGCCAUCACGAAUUUAGCACAGCUAUGCAAGCUUCUUGGAUUUUCACUCAGCUCUAAUGUCAAUGAGAUAUUCAAUAGCUUGAAGUGUAUGUUGAAGUAUGAUAAGAGCGUUGAAGUUAGGAGAGCUGCUGCACUGGCUACACAUCAGAUUCUACAAGGAACCUCUAAAGAUACUUUAAGGAUCUUGGGUGACGUUUUGGCGGAGUUUUAUCGCCUACUAAAAAAUGUCUACUACAUAGAAAAGGAUGAUGUCGUCAAAAUUCACAUCCAGCAUUCCAUUGAGAAGUUAAAUGACAUUAUGAAGAAUUUUCUCUUCCCGACACCCACUCUACAAAAAAAUAUCUUCAUCUUA